AUGUAUUCAAAUUAUAGUGUAAUUCAAAUGUAUCUAAACAAAAAUAAAAUUGGUUGUAAAACAAUAGAUCACCCCUUUAUAAAAAGUGGUUUCGUCUCGACUGGUCCGGCAGCGAAUCUCUUCCCCCCGCAACAGUUUCUUGCUGAAAACAUGGCGACUGUUCGUGCUGCGUCUCGUCUCCUCUCCAGGAGAGUUCUGUCCAGAACAAAAGCAGUGAGUCACAGUAGCUUGCUUCCUGCUGUGGCGGUUCAUGGCUCCAAGAACUUCCACUUCUCCAUUUAUGGGAAGAAGAAAAGUGCCAAAGUAUCUGAUGAUAUUUCCACUCAGUAUCCGGUUGUGGAUCAUGAGUUUGAUGCGGUGGUUGUAGGAGCAGGAGGAGCUGGACUUCGGGCUGCUUUUGGCUUGUCGGAGGCUGGUUUCAACACUGCGUGUGUCACUAAGCUGUUCCCUACCCGCUCACACACCGUCGCUGCGCAGGGUGGGAUCAACGCAGCUCUGGGGAACAUGGAGGAGGACGACUGGCGGUGGCAUUUCUACGACACAGUUAAGGGAUCUGAUUGGCUUGGAGACCAAGAUGCUAUUCAUUACAUGACAGAGCAGGCUCCUGCUGCUGUCGUAGAGCUGGAGAACUUUGGCAUGCCGUUCAGCCGCACAGAAGAUGGUCGGAUCUACCAGAGAGCCUUUGGAGGUCAGAGUCUGAAGUACGGAAAGGGGGGCCAGGCUCACCGCUGCUGCUGCGUGGCUGACCGGACAGGACACUCACUGCUACACACGCUUUAUGGAAGAUCGCUUCGUUAUGACACUAGCUACUUUGUGGAGUACUUUGCUCUGGACCUGCUUAUGGAAGAUGGAGAGUGUAAAGGAGUGAUUGCUCUCUGCAUGGAGGAUGGGUCUAUUCACCGCUUCAGAGCCCAGAACACCGUCAUUGCCACUGGGGGUUAUGGCAGGACCUUUUUCAGCUGCACAUCCGCCCACACCAGCACAGGAGACGGAAACGCCAUGGUGACCAGAGCCGGCCUGCCCUGCCAGGAUCUGGAGUUUGUGCAGUUCCACCCUACUGGGAUCUAUGGAGCGGGUUGUCUGAUCACUGAGGGUUGUCGUGGUGAGGGAGGAAUCCUGAUCAACAGUGAAGGAGAGCGUUUCAUGGAGCGUUAUGCACCAAACGCUAAAGACCUGGCCUCCAGAGACGUGGUGUCCCGCUCCAUGACCAUAGAGAUCAGAGAGGGCCGGGGUGUUGGUCCAGACAAGGACCACGUGUACCUGCAGCUCCAUCACCUGCCUCCUCAGCAGCUGGCCAUGAGGCUGCCUGGGAUCUCCGAGACAGCCAUGAUCUUCGCUGGAGUGGACGUGACUAAAGAGCCCAUCCCCGUCCUACCCACAGUCCACUACAACAUGGGAGGAAUACCGACAAACUACAGGGGCCAGGUGAUUGAUCAUGUCAACGGCGAGGACAAGGUGGUGCCUGGACUGUACGCCUGUGGAGAGGCAGCCAGUGCCAGCGUGCAUGGAGCCAACCGGCUGGGAGCCAACUCCCUCCUGGACCUGGUUGUGUUUGGGAGAGCCUGCGCCCUCACAAUCGCUGAGCUGCACAAACCCGGAGAGAAGCUGAGCCCUCUGAGGGCCAGCGCAGGGGAGGAGUCUGUGGCUAACCUGGACAAGCUCAGGUUUGCUGAUGGAAGUCUGAGAACCUCAGAGAUCAGACUAAAUAUGCAGAAGACCAUGCAGAACCAUGCUGCCGUGUUCCGUACUGGUCCAAUUCUCAAGGAGGGAUGUGAUAAGAUGCAUGACAUCUACCAGACCUUAGACAGCAUCAAGACCUUUGAUAGAGGCAUUGUGUGGAACACAGACCUGGUGGAAUCGUUGGAGCUGCAGAACCUGAUGCUGAACGCCGUCCAAACCAUCCAGGGAGCUGAGCAGAGGAAGGAGAGCAGGGGAGCUCACGCCAGAGAGGACUUCAAAGAUCGGGUCGAUGAGUACGACUACUCAAAGCCCCUGGAGGGUCAGCAGAAGAAACCCUUUGAACAGCACUGGAGGAAGCACACACUCUCAUACGUCGACCACAAAACUGGAAAGGUGACGCUGAAGUACCGUCCUGUCAUCGACAGCUCUCUGAAUGAGCAGGACUGUGCUCACGUUCCUCCUGCCAUCCGCUCCUACUAAGAUCCUGUUUCCUCUGCUCUUCCACUUCCUCUUCACUCACAUUCAGAGGGUUCAUUUAGCAUCUGUAAUAGAGGAGAGCAUUCUAGGACGUAAAGGUUUAUGUUGCACAUUUAGAGAUGAUGCUAAACACCAUCUUCUUGCCAUCCGUCACUGUUCUGCCUGUAACUCCUCUUCUAGUCUUGUUCUUAUUAAAACUCAAGAGGGACGCAUAGUCUCACCCACACCUAUGAUGCUUCUGUAGCAACGUUUCUUCAGUCAGCUGAGUGAAGAGGGAUGAUGUAAUCUGGCGUGCUCAGAGGGAAGGUUGGAUGUGUGUAAAUAUUCAGAAACAAUACAGCGAGUUUCACUCCAUGCAGUAAAAGCUUUUGCUCAUUGUAGCCUUGGGCUGCUAUAGUUGUGAGUGAUGUUUUCGCGUGGCUCAUUAUUAACCAGCUAACAGACCGAGUGAAGCCGCCUGCAGCAUCUCCGCACUGAUCAAAUGAAGAAGCUUAAACCUGUUCUUGUGUCCGCUGAUGUAACAGGAGCUACUGCGUUCGUGUUGCUGUUGAUUUAUUCUGUCAGUGGAAACCAGACACCUGUAAAAGUUACUCAGCUUGUUAGUUUGCUGGAGAAAAGCUGAAAUCCUUCCAGUUUUUGUUUGGGAAAAACAAAACCGCUUGUGUGGGUGUCAUAUCGGUAUCAACAGGCUCAUUUACUCCGACUCAGUAAACAGGUGAAGGUCUAAUGUGCGAAGAGCAGUCUCACACACCGUUCUUGUUUGGAUUUGAUAAAAAGGGGACUUAAUUUAUUUGCCUGUUUGAGGAAAAAGUGAAAUACCUUCUAGAUUUUCAUUUGUAUUUGUUUUCAUAUAAUCAAUAAAGUGUAUGUUAUGCAUAGAAACAAAACACA